UUUAAGGACCAGAAACUUGAGAAAGCAGAGUAAAAGGGAAUAUAUGCCUUCUUAUGCAAAAGGUGGAUGCCAACAAAGCUGUGUAAAAAUGAGUAGUCAAUCAUAUAUUCUAGCUUAGAAUUACUAUUAAAUUCGCAUUUUUACACACAUAAAGCUUCAAAUACCUUGAUGAUCACCACACAAAAAUGAAGUCAACCAUGAAAUCUUACAAACUUGUCUGAAAAUCCCUGCUUCAAUCUAUAUACAACAUCCUGCCUUCAGUUAUCACCUCAAAGCCAACAAAACAGUAGGCGUCGUAGACUGAUAGACUUGUUCUUAAGGAUGUCAGACAAAAAAGCUGCAGCUCCGAACGCAGAUGACUUCAAGUUAAAAGACACAAAGCCCCUGCUUGGGGAGCGAUGGCCACAUGGAGGAGUCCGAGGUGGGCAUGGAUGGAUAGGCGGCGACAGGACUUCAAGCACAUAUGAUCUUGUCGAGCAGAUGAACUACCUCUAUGUUCAUGUGGUACGUGCCAAAGACCUCCCUGUUAAUCCUGUAACAGGGAGCUGUGACCCGUAUGUAGAAGUCAAGAUGGGGAACUACAAAGGCAAAACAAAGCACUUUGAAAACAAAAUCAGCCCUGAGUGGAAACAAGUGUUUGCCUUUUCAAAGGAGAAGAUACAAUCUACUGUACUUGAAGUCUAUGUUAGAGACAGGGAGAUGGUUGGCCGAGAUGACUAUUUAGGCAAGGUGGUGUUUGACCUGAAUGAAGUCCCUACACGGGUUCCUCCUGAUAGUCCUCUAGCUCCACAAUGGUAUAGGCUAGAGGAUCGUCGAGGGGAAGUGAAGACGAGAGGAGAGGUUAUGGUUGCAGUUUGGAUGGGAACACAAGCUGAUGAAGCUUUCCCUGAAGCUUGGCAUACAGAGGCUGCUUCAGUUGUUUCAGGAGAAGGUGUUUACAACAUCAGAUCUAAGGUAUACGUGUCUCCCAAGUUGUGGUAUCUAAGAGUAAAUGUGAUUGAAGCACAAGAUGUUGAGUCACAUGAUAAAUCCCAACUCCCACAAGUCUAUAUUAAGGCUCAACUUGGAAGCCAAAUACUUAAAACCAAAGUUUGCCCAAAUAAAACAACCAACCCACUAUGGAAUGAAGAUCUGGUGUUUGUAGCAGCAGAACCCUUUGAAGAAAUGUUGGUUCUAGAACUUGUGAACAAAGCCAGCUCAAAGGAUGAACUAGUGGGGAAGAUAAGCUUGCCAUUGAGCAUCUUUGAGAGGCGACUGGAUCACAAAGCGGUUCACUCUCGUUGGUUCAACCUCGAGAGAUUUGGGUUUGGAGCCCUAGAAGGUGAUAGGAGGAACGAGCUUAAAUUCUCGACAAGGGUUCACCUGAGGGUCUGUCUUGAGGGGGGAUACCACGUUCUCGAUGAAUCAACAAUGUACAUCAGUGAUACGAGGCCAACUGCUAGACAGUUGUGGAAACAGCCGAUGGGAAUCCUUGAGGUGGGAAUCUUGAGUGCUCAAGGGCUUUCACCUAUGAAGAAAAAGGAAGGAGGUAGUAGCACUGAUGCAUACUGUGUGGCAAAGUACGGACAAAAAUGGGUUAGAACAAGAACCAUCAUCAAGAACUUCAACCCUAAAUGGAACGAGCAAUAUUUGUGGGAAGUUUAUGAUCCUUGCACUGUGAUCACCUUAGCAGUGUUCGAUAACUGUCAUCUUGGAGGAGAAGACAAGAGCGCAAAAGAUCCAAAAAUAGGGAAGAUAAGAAUCCGGCUAUCUACCCUAGAAACUGACAGGAUUUACACCCAUUCCUACCCUCUCCUAGUCCUUCAAUCUUCUGGUGUUAAAAAGAUGGGAGAGCUACAACUAGCUAUUCGAUUCACUUGCUUAUCCUUCUCAAACAUGGUUUAUCAGUACUCCCAUCAUUUACUCCCAAAAAUGCAUUAUGUCCAUCCUUUUACUGUUAACCAAUUGGACAACUUAAGAUUCCAAGCCAUGAACAUAGUAGCAGUGAGGCUAGGGAGAGCAGAACCACCCCUCAGGAGAGAGGUUGUAGAAUACAUGCUUGAUGUGGACUCCCACAUAUGGAGUAUGAGAAAAAGCAAGGCCAACUUCUUCAGAAUAGUCUCUGUCUUCUCGGGAAUGCUUUCCAUGAGCAAAUGGUUAGGUGAGGUCUGCAAAUGGAAGAACCCGGUCACGACAGUACUAGUUCACAUUCUCUACUUCAUCUUAAUUUGCUAUCCUGAACUUAUCCUCCCAACUGUUUGCCUCUACAUGUUUCUGAUCGGUAUAUGGAAUUACCGAUAUAGACCAAGGCAUCCUCCUCACAUGGAUACAAAACUUUCAUGGGCAGAUGCAGCUCACCCAGAUGAACGUGAUGAAGAAUUUGAUACUUUUCCAACCACAAAGUCCUCUGAUAUAGUUCGAAUGAGAUAUGACAGGCUUCGGAGUAUAGCAGGGAGGAUACAGACAGUACUAGGAGAUUUGGCAACUCAAGCAGAGAGAUUUCAGGCAUUAUUAAGCUGGAGAGAUCCAAGAGCUACCUGUCUGUUUACUUUCUUUUGCCUAAUUGCAGCUGUGUUACUCUACGUUACACCAUUCAGGCUACUGGCUAUCUUUGCUGGCUUGUUUCUCUUCCGACAUCCUCGUUUCAGAAGUAAGAUGCCUACAGUUCCCAACAAUUUCUUCAGGAGACUGCCUUCUCGAGCUGAUAGUUUGCUCUGAUAGGUUUACCAACUUCAGGGCUACCAUAACUUUACGUUGUUCUUUAAAUGUAAAAUCGUCUUUGAGGUUUACUUCAUAUAUUCUUGCUUUUUCUUUUAUUGCUUUCUCCAAUUCUCUAAGUAUCAACUUAUCAACUCUGUAACAAAUUUCUGCAAUCAAUAUUUUUCAAUUUAUAGUUUUCCACAUAA